GGCACCAUGACGGUCACCCUGGUCUGCGAUCCCUCAGAAGCAGUGGAGCUGUGUGCCUCUCAGCAGCUUUACCUGAAGCCCGUUGCGAAACUGACAAUCAGCGUGGCGCUUCCGGAACACACUGGAGCUACCCGGGCCUUCUCCAAGUGGGAGGUGAUGGACAAGCUGAAGAACAUGAUCUGCCCAGACCAGUUCAGCAGCGUGAAGGUGUCGAAGAGCACCAAGGGCUUCAUCCGAUUCGAAGGAGAGGCGGAAAGCAAGCGAUUGGUCACCAGCCUGAAGGAGAAGCUCCAUGGCAAGCUGAUCAAGCUGAACGGCUUCAAGGAAGACUUGCAGGUGGUCGCUACAGAAGCCCCUCCGGACGGCCCACCUUCUCAGGAAUCAGAGCCCAACGCAAAGAGCCAGAAACCCCCGGAGGAGGAGGAGGAGAAGGAGGAGGAGGAGGAGCAGAGCCAGGCGCUCCUGGACUGCCUCCAUCUGGAAGGCCUGCCGUGCAAGUGGUUUGCCCUGAAAGGCUCAGAGAGCGAGACCCCCAACGAGGACGUCUUGAGGACGGUCUUUGGAACGUUCGGGAAGGUCAAGAAUGUGGACAUCCCCAUGCUGGAUCCCUACCGGGAGGAAACGGUGGGAAGAAGCAGGAACAAUUUGAUUUUCCGGGGCCUGCGGUCCUUCGAAGCCUUUGUCCAGUAUCAAGAGUCCAAGUCGUUUGCGAAGGCCGUGGAGACGCUCAAGGGCAUGAAGCUGAUGUUCAAGGGGGAGGACGGCAAGGCUCUGGCGUGUAACAUCAAGGUGACCUCUGACACCACUAGUCAUUUCAGUGAGAACGCUAUAAAGCAGAGAACGCUAGAGAGAUUAACUCUGCAAGGUCUAGAACGAGAGAGAAAGAGAGAGGAGAACAGAGGGAGAAAAGGGACUGAAAGAAAAAGACGAGAUGACGACGACAAAAAAGGCGGAGAAGGAAGGAGGAGGGCUAAGAUCAAGAGACGGGGGAAAAGGCGGAUGGACCGAGAGGAGAAACACCCCAGAAAGCAUCUGAAAGUGACAGCUGCAGAAGAAGUGAACGCCGCAGACCUGCCCGAAUGGGAGGAGAGAAAAUAUCUCCUAGCUCAGAGGAGGGUGGAAUCAAUCAGACUACUCACAGUGCUGCUAAGCCAAAUAAAAAAUUUCGUCCUGUCCUCCGGGCAAACGGAGGCCCGUCUACUGGAGCGUCAACCUGAAGGGGAGAAGACUUCCUUCACCCCUCCCGUAGAGGAUGCGCACAAGGAGGAGACAGUUGUGCCUCGCCUUGAGCGUCAAGAAGUGGAGGAUGAGAGCCAGCCCGCCUGCCCCUCCGCCCUGCUUGAAAAUGUCGCGAUCGAAAAAGAGAACGAAGAACAAUUCCUGGCUGAAGACUUGCCUCCAUCCCCUUCUCCCUUCGGGAGAGCUCUUCCCAACGGACCCGCUGCUAGGGCAGUCACCAGCCACUUAACGGAGAACAGCGCCGACCCCUUUCGUGCCACGGGCUUGCUGCGGGUGACGGUCACUCAGGACUGCCAAGUGAACGAGUCGUCCCCCUACAGGUGGGAUUACCUGAGACCCAACCUGGGGCCCUUCGCGGAUGCUCCUGAGGCAGCCAAGGCUAAAAAGCAAAAGGUUUAUGAAACAGAGGAAUUCAUCCAUUAUUUACUGAACUACUACCAAACCCCCCGAUACGCACGCGUCUGUCCCAGCGCACAAAGCCCGUCAGAUGCAUCUUGGUGGCACAGGGUGGUGUCAUGUUACGAAGACAGCUUCCGGGUCAAAUUGCAGAGUAGAGACGAAGACUGUUGGACGGAAGAGAGUUUAGGAUCAGAUCUCCCUGAAUACGACCCUCAGGUGGCUGACAACGAUGAAGAUGACCCCUGGGAAGCCACUGACGUAAGGUCUGAGCCUGCAGACCUCAUCACGCCGGAGGACCGGGCGUGUCCUCAAGAGUUUAGCGAAAGUUGCCAGGGAGAAUGGGAGGAUUCCCUGGAAGAGGAGGAGGAGGAGGAGGAGGAGAGCGAUGGCUCCCCGCCGGACAGGUUGCGUAGCCCCCUCCCAGGAAGCAACAAUAUUGCUCACAAAAACACCUCCCAGGAAGGGACUCCUGAAACGGCCGUGAGGUCGUCAGCCAGCAUGUAUAAACUGAAAGACCUGCUGGAAGAGAUCAGCAGCGAUUCGGAAUAUUUUAGCGAGGCGCUUAACGAGCCCUGGAACCCAUCGGAGCAAAGAAACGGCAGCUACCCAGGCAGCUGCAAGACGCGGCCUCUCCACCAGCAGAAGGCCAAAGAACUCUUCAUACGCAUCCGGAACGUUGGCGGGGAGGACCGGGAGGGGAACCGUGGCGGACGCAGCUUCUGCUCCAGUGCGGAAUGCUGCGAUUCCGGACUGAGGGCCAAGACCAGCUUCAAGAGAUCCAGCAGCAAACGCUGGUGCGAAGAGCCGAAGGUCCAGUGGUCGUCUAGCGAAGAGGAGAGAGACCUCAGCAGCAAGAAGAAGAAGAAGAAGAGGGAAAAGCUGUCCGAUAGCUGCUUCUUGGAUGAGGAAGCUCCGCUCCUCAAAACCAACCACUGCGGAGAGCUGGAUGCCUUCCGCAAAAUCCAGAGGAAAUGUAGCAAGUUCAUCCAUCAUAAAAUGAAAUGUAAGACUCUCCGGGCCUUGGAAGGAGGGGUGGAGAUCAAAGACCUUGUCCAUCUGAGCGCCUCUCAGCUACCGGAGGAAGCUCACCGGGUGACGGGUAAGGGGAACGUGGACGUGGGCGAGAGAAGGCACAAAGCAGAAGACCGGCAGAGACUUUCCAGGCGCCUGGUGGAAAGGUGA